AUGGCAUCAGCGACUUCAGCCCCCACGUCGAGUCUUCGGAUCGCACAGGUCAACUCGCUGCUUUCGCUGCUCAACCUCAACACCUCUUCCUUCGUCCAUGCAUCCUCAUCUUCUUCGGCACCAGGGUCCAACUACAACUCAAGACCGGGCUCGGCUGCAGGACAGAAUGAUUCCUCCUCCGCUGCUGGGGCUGCUGACCCAUCCAUCCCCUCCGGCCCACCAGUAUGGAAGGUGCUAGUCAUGGACAAGGUCUCGAAAGACAUCCUAGCGACCUCUUUGCGAGUGCAAGACCUACGCGAGAACGGUGUCACACUACACAUGCAGCUUCACUCGGAUCGCCCACCGCUCCCGGACGUACCUGCCGUCUACUUUGUCUCGCCUACCUCGCAAAAUGUGCAAAGGAUCGCUCAGGAUAUGAAGCGCAUGCUCUACGAAAGUUUCUAUGUCAACUUCACCAGCACCGUCCCAAAGCCUGUCAUGGAGGAGUUCGCCAACCUUGUCGCCGCAGAUGGCACCGGACAGCUGGUUCAGCAGGUGUACGACCAAUACCUCAACUUCAUCGUUCUCGAGCCAAAUCUCUUCGAACUGCUUCCAGAUGCUUCCCCUCCCUCCAGCUCAGCUUCCUUCAACGGCGCAAGCGCUACGCCAGCAGCAUCAACAACAACAACAACCUCUUUCCUCACCACGUAUCAACGUCUCAAUGACCCGCAGUCGGGGCAGAAGGAUGUCGAAGAUGCUACUGAUCGCAUCGCGGCUGGCCUCUUCUCGACUCUGGCAACCAUGGGCGCGCUUCCCAUCAUCCGUUCACCGCGCGGUAAUGCUGCCGAGCUUGUGGCCAGAAAGCUUGAAUCCAAGAUCCGCGAACACAUCACCAGCUCCCGUGGCGGAUCCAACCUCUUCUCUGAAGCAGCUGGAAGCGUAGGACAUCCAAGUUGGAGCUCUUCGCGUCCCUUGCUGGUAGUCUUGGAUCGAAAUGUCGACUUGGUACCCAUGCUUGCACACAGUUGGACCUACCAAGCUCUUGUACAGGAUGUUCUCGACCUUCAGCUCAACCGCGUCACAGUCGUAUCGAGCGAAGGUGGUGUGACGAGCAAAAAGACGUACGAUCUCGACUCGAAAGACUUCUUCUGGUCCAAAAAUUCCGCGACACCAUUCCCACAGGUUGCUGAAGACAUCGAUGCCGAACUCAACCGAUACAAGUCGGAUGCGGCCGAGAUCACACGCUCUACAGGUAUCAGCAGCAUGGACGAGGUGGGUCAGCUCGAUGCGACAUCGAACGCGGCGCAUCUCAAAGCGGCAAUCACUGCGCUUCCGGAGCUGACACAGCGCAAGUCGACCAUUGAUGCGCAUAUGAACAUGGCCACAGCACUGUUGCAAGGAAUCAAGAAGCGUGGCCUCGACACACUUUUCCAGCUGGAAGAGGUCAUUGCACGCCAAAAGAAGGAGACAAUUCUGGAGACAGUCAAGGACACGCAGCUGGAAGACGUCAACGACAAGUUGCGACUGUUCAUCAUCUACUAUCUCUCUGCGCCUGACUCGGCACUCUCCCGAUCGGAUGUGGAAGAGUUCGAACGCAUCCUCAAGGAGCAGGGCGCAGAUCUAUCGGCGUUGAACUACGUCAAGAAGGUGCGCGAGUUGACACGAAUGACGAUGCUCGCUUCUGCACCACAACAACCUACAGCGGCAGAGAGUGCUGGAGGAGCAGGUGGUUUCAAGGGUUUUAGCUCGCUCUCCUCUCGACUCACGGACAGGUUGAAAGACAGCGGUCUGGAGAACCUCGUACAAGGAGUGAAAAACUUCUUGCCCGCACAGAAGGAUCUCACUGUCACCCGAUUAGUCGCUUCAUUGAUGGAACCGGCAGGAGCCAACGCACAAGCAUUGCAAGAGACGGACGAGUAUCUCUUCUUCGACCCGAAAGCUCCACGAACACGUGCAGCUGUUGCAUCAGGCGGAGUCAAGGCGAGACAAGUGUUCAACGAGGCGAUCGUCUUUGUUGUGGGCGGUGGUGGAUAUGUCGAGUUUGCUAACUUACAAGAGUAUGCAGCGAGAACUUCGGCAGCUGCAGGAAAUAAUGCAGCUGGAGCAGCAGGCGGAAUGGGCGGCAAAAAGAUCACUUACGGUGCCACAGAGAUCUUGAAGCCUAUCGACUUUGUUCGAGCUCUUGCACACUUGGCUGGUGGUGAUGUGGCCAAGUCUAUCUCUGCUACGAAUGGCGCUUCGGCCCCGGCUGCUGGAGCCAAGUAA